AUGCCAUCGCACCGCCCAGCACUUACCAAGCCUAUUGUCGUUGAAUCGAGACACACAUACACCGGUGCACCGGUGCACUCAUUGAACAUAAUGCGCACAAUCCUGCUGCUUUCCACGAUCACCCUCGCGACGGCUACAACAGACAAGGCCCUGGGAUAUCUGCAAUGCGCCUCUGCAAUCGCUCGCUCCUACCACGGUCCGCAAUGCUCGUCCCCCUCGGCGCUGGACUGCUUCUGCAAUUCGCCUUUUGAUCCUUCCGCGCUGGACCAGGCUACUCUGGAUGAUUGUGCCAGCGAGGGUGUUGAAACGCAGGAUAUCCCCAGCUACAUCUGCAACGAUGCCAACGUGCCCGUGUCGCCUCGGAAGGGCAGUACCCCAAUGGUGCGCAUCGGCGUCAUCGAAGAUAGCGGCAGCAGCAACAGCAGCAGCACAGCUAUCCCGGCCCUUCAAAGAGGCAGCCACCCCAUGGUCCGCGUAGGCACGACAAAAGAGAUCAACAACAUCGACCUGAACACAAGCAUCAGCCCAAUGACCCCCAGCAGCACGGCAAUCAGCCCAGCGGCCCACAGAGGCAGCGCACCGAUGGCCCGCGUCGGCGACAUCAAAGCCAGCAGCAGCAGCAGCAUGGCAACCCCCAGCCCCAGCCCCAGCCCCAAGGCCAGCGACACAGCCGCUCCACGAAGAAACAGCCUCCCAAUGGCCCGAGUCGGCACGAUUGCCACCAACAACAACACCCUGAAACCGCGAGCCUACACACCAAACCUCCACCCGAACCCGCUCCCUCUGCCCGAGAACCUCCCCCUCCCAACAGACGAUAGCCCACCCCCCUCCCCAUUCCUCCCUGCUACCGCCGAGCAAGAAGAGAAAAAUAUCCCGCUGCCGCUGGACACCUUCUCCCCAUCACCCCCACACACACCCCUCUCGAACCCAGACGAAACCCCAGAAACCCACACAACCACGACCCCCCUUUCAAACGAGAUCCAAGAUCAAGACCAAGACCAAGACCAAGACCAAGACCAAGACAAAAAUCAAGAUCAAGUAAUCUACGACCUCACAACCGCCCAAACAACAGACUGCGCCUGCUCCAGCACCAGCACCAGCACCAGCAUCAGCGCCGCAACAGCGACAGCGACAGCAACAGCAACACCCUAUCACGUAGCCCCCGCGCCUCAAAACAAUCCCCCCGCUCUCGCAACAGAAACACAGGAAAGCACAAGCGAGAGCCCGACAUCCUCCCCAUCCAGCACGACCAAUACAGAAGUUGAGAGGGGAACGAGUCCAGCCGCAACGUCGGACGCCCCCGCCACAUCCUCCACACUCACCAGCACAAUGACCACCAUCGCUGAUAAGAGUACCUCCGUGCCCACCUCCUCAGUACUAAAGGUCGUGACGGUUGCGGCUUCGAGCACGAGCACCAACACUAACACCGAGUUCGCGACGUCGACGGGGAGGGGGCAGCCUGGGUUACAGACUGGGGGGUUGUUUGAGGGUGGUGCGGCGGGGAGGAGGGGGGGUGAUGCUUGGUUGGUGGUUGUGGUUGUUCUUGGGGUUGUAGGGUUUGAGCUGGUUUUCAUUUGA